GGUGUAAACGUCUUGUCAGCGUUUAUUGGCAGUCCCGAUGCCACGCGAAUACUCCAGGGCACUUCUAUGGCAUCUCCUCACGUAGCUGGGCUUUCGGCUUAUAUACUCGGUUUGAGCCCGUCACGGUUGACUCCAACACAAGUAAGAGACAAAAUCUUCUUCUGGGGCACACGAGGUAUUGUCAACGACGCCGGAACAGAUAGUCCAAAUUUGUUGGCAUUCAAUGGUUACAAUUUGGGUAUACCAAUUUAG